CCCCUCACGGCUCCCCGGCGGGGCGGGGCCAGCGGCGCCCGUCGGGAGCGGAGCCGAGCCCCGUGCCCGCCGCGGGGCGCUGAGGCGGUGGGGGUCGCGUCCGAGCCAUGGCCGAGCCGGGCGCCCAGCUGCGCUGCGGCCGCCCCCUGCUCCUCCUCGCCUGCCUCUUCGCGCCCGUCCUCGGCAAGCCCGGAGCCGGCCCCGCCGCCCGUGCCCCCUCCGCCGGCGUAUCUGAACCGUCUUUUAUUGCUAAAAGCGAAGAUCGAUUGUUUAAACACUUAUUUGAAGACUAUCAAAGAUGGGUUCGUCCAGUGGAACGCCUGAAUGAUACAAUAAAAAUCAAGUUUGGUCUUGCAAUCUCUCAGCUAGUAGAUGUGGAUGAGAAAAAUCAAUUGAUGACAACAAAUGUCUGGUUGAAACAGGAAUGGAUAGAUGUAAAAUUAAGAUGGAAUCCUGAAGACUAUGCUGGAAUAACAUCUAUUCGUGUCCCAUCAGAUUCUAUUUGGAUUCCAGACAUUGUGUUGUAUGACAAUGCAGAUGGACGUUUUGAGGGAACAUCUACAAAAACUGUGGUAAAAUAUGAUGGCACCAUUGCUUGGACUCCACCAGCAAACUAUAAAAGUUCUUGUACUAUUGAUGUAACCUUCUUUCCUUUUGACCUCCAAAACUGUUCUAUGAAAUUUGGUUCCUGGACUUACGAUGGCUCACAAGUUGAUAUAAUUCUAGAAGAUUAUGAUGUUGACAAAAGAGACUUUUUUGAUAAUGGAGAAUGGGAAAUAGUGACUGCAACAGGGAGCAAAGGAAAUAGAACUGACGGAUGCUGCUGGUAUCCCUUUGUUACAUAUUCGUUUAUAAUUAGACGUCUGCCACUCUUUUACACAUUGUUUCUCAUUAUUCCUUGUAUUGGACUUUCAUUUCUAACUGUCCUUGUCUUCUAUCUUCCUUCAAAUGAAGGUGAAAAAAUUUCCCUUUGCACUUCAGUCCUAGUAUCUUUGACUGUUUUUCUUCUUGUCAUUGAAGAGAUUAUUCCAUCAUCUUCUAAAGUUAUCCCACUUAUAGGAGAGUACUUGGUGUUCACUAUGAUAUUUGUGACAUUGUCCAUUGUGAUAACUGUCUUUGCUAUCAAUAUUCAUCAUCGCUCUUCAUCUACACACAAUGCUAUGGCACCUUGGGUUCGCAAGAUAUUUCUUCACAAGCUUCCCAAGCUGCUUUGCAUGAGAAGUCACGUAGAUAGAUACUUUGCGCAGAAGGAGGAAACAGGAAAUAUGAACGGAUCAGAAUCAUCUAGGAACACCUUGGAAGCAGCUCUAGAUUCUAUCCGGUAUAUUACGAGGCAUGUUAUGAAGGAAAAUGAAGUUCGUGAGGUUGUUGAAGACUGGAAAUUUAUUGCUCAGGUGCUUGAUCGAAUGUUCUUAUGGACUUUUCUUCUGGUUUCAAUAAUUGGAUCACUGGUGUUAUUUAUUCCUGUUAUUCAUAAAUGGGCAAGUAUAAUAGUACCUAUGCACAUAGGCAGUACAAAUGCAUAAAAUAUUUUUGGAUCUGUCUCCUGCUGACAUUCAUCUCUAAAAAGGUUUGCAGUUACUCUGUUUUCAUGCAUGUUCUUUAUAGGCAUGUUUCUGGUAAGAAAAAAAAAGGAAAAACCCCAAGCCAUAAAAUUAUUUUGAUGUUAAAGCAUGGCAUAUAGGACACCCAGAAGUCAAUUUGCUUAGUGCCAGUAUACUAAUGUACUUCUAAAUCAGGUCAGGCUCAAAAGAACCUUUUCAAGCACUUGCAUGUGUAUGUCAGAAACAGUAUAUACUGACACCUACUGAGAAGUAGGAUUUAACAUUUUUUAAUGAUGAUUGCUGUAGUCUCAUUAUUAAAUUACUAUGCAAAUUAUUCUAUGGCAUAUUAAAUGUUUGCAGAUGCUUACACAGUAGAGAUGCUUAUUUCAAUUUAUUAUAUUAUGCAAAGGUGAAUUUGUAUUGGCAUCAGCUGUCUUCAGUGUAUUGUACAGAGUUUCUACAGCGUGAAUUAAAAAUGAUAAAAAUAUCAUCUGAACUUUAUGCAUAUUCAGCAUACAAAUAGUGAUUUGGCUGUGUUGUAUCUAUAAAUUUUCAGUGGAAUUUGCUGCUGAACUUAAAACCUUUUUAACUCUAUCAUAUUAACGUGAACAUAUAACAUAGUAGGCCUUAAAACGCUUACAGGAUACAUGGAUAUUGAGAUCUCUGUAUCAGCUAUGGAAAGAGAGGCAAAGGCAAUUCAAUGAGAUGUCCAAGUUGCACAACUGUUCUAAUAGGUCAGAACAUUCAGAUUUCUUUAUUCUUGAUGAAGAUUGUGAUACUAAUCUUAGCUGCAACCAUGUUGCUUUUUCCGACCUUGUUUGUUUUGCAGAAUUAAGUUUUUAAGCACAAGUAGCAGGAAUUUGGAGAAUGCAUUUCUGAAGGAAAUAGGCUGAAAAUUCUUAUGCCAUAUAACAAAGUACAGACGAUAAAAUUUUAACCUUUGUUAAAUUGAAUUUAGAAAAUUACCUUUAUAUGUUCUCUCACUUGCAGAACCACAUAUAACUGAACAGCAAGGACUUAAAGCUUUCCAUACUUUUUUUUUUUUUUCCUGAGUGUUGAAAACUAAAUAACGUGUAUAUAUAUAUAUUACAACUUUUUAAUUAUAUCAUUAAAAUAUAUUUUAAUAAUGAAUUUAAAUUCAAAUUCAUUUCAGUGCCACUUUUCUUAAAAGUUUUAUUUCUGAAAGAGAUGAGAUGGUGUUUUCCUACACCUAAGUUUUGAUAGUUACUUACUAUGUUAUUUUAAAACACGUUUGUGUCCUGCAAAACUAAUGGAGUAAUGUUAAGGAAGAACAAAUCUUGGUAAGUUUUUUGUUUGGUUAAAUUCUCAGACCAAUAAUAACAUGUUUAGGUGAAAACUUUAAUGUAAAUUUUUAUAUUGUUAAUAAUGUAAGUAAUAGUAGUUAUGGAUUUGGGGAAAAGAUACAUUUUUCCUCUCUGUCACCUUUAGAAUAGCUCUAUUUGACAUUGUGCUGAUUAUAAUACCUAUUGCUUAUGUCAUAACUUAUAUAUAACCAGAAGUUUAUUUCAAAUUCUUUCACCUGCAGGAUGUUCUUGGUUUUGUAUAGCUUCUUCAGUCUCAUGGGCAGGGAAAUGAUGCCAACCAAUAUUCUAUUUUUUUUUAUAUAAUUUUAAAAAUGUAAUUUCAAAUAAUUAUGAUUGAAAAAGGAAUCUCUUCUUCUUCAGAUAUACAAUUAUAUCUGUCAUUAUAUAUCAGCAUAUUCUGUAUUCCCACAAUAACUUAUUUUAAAGUUGAAUUUAUCAUGAUUAUCUUAUUGAAUCCAUUAAUGUAAUUUUUAACUUUCUCAGUAUUACUAAGACUAAUGCAUCAGUAACUUUGUGUGAAAAUGCAGAAGUACUUUAGCUAUCUUAUUUUCUCUUCAAAAUCAAAAUUUCUUUUUAUAGUCCUCCUUGUUUUUGAAUUGCUUAUUGAAAUUUAUCUGAACAGAAAACAAAGUAAGGAAAGGUAUAGACUAUAUAUAUAUAAUAUAUAUAAAUUCCCUUACUGUAUCUUUUUGUUAAAUGAUGGCCGGAGAGUGCCCAAUUAUAUCAUGAGAUGUUUGGCAGCAUAUUGCCAAUGGAGUCCCUAUCUUUAUACUAGUAACUAACAAUUUUUGCAAAUCCUUGAAAUUCUUAAAGGUAUUUCUAUAAUCAUAUGAUAUGUUAGGAUUAGAAAGAUGAUGCUCAAAUCCUUGGGAUAUCCAGGCCAUUCUUAGGUGUGUUUGAAAUUAAAAAAAAAAUAAUAAUAAUAGACCCAGAAGCAUGCACCUUUAGUUAUGUAACUCGUUUCUGAAUGUGCUGAAUUGUACCUAAUGCUGCUUUAUAUGGCUUUUGUCACUCAGUCAAAAUAAAUGGGAAAAAAGAAAUCACUA